GCAGUAGCCUGGUGUCAGAAAGUUCAUCAAAGAUGGAAGAUGCGAUGAUGAUAAGGUGGGGGAAGACACAGCACGUCGCGGCGCGUGACUUUCUUUAUUUCCUGAUCCAUCCACAUCACACGCGGUUUUGCACAGAGUCAGUGAUCAAGCUAAAUCAAUGUGGUAAUUGUGCGGCCCUUCUCGUUUCACGGUGUUCAAGCUUUCUGCCAGGCCUAUACUUAGUCGUAUAGUACUACUGCUUUCCAGGUCCAAACAUAUCCCCAAAAUAUCUUCUGAUUCAAGCCUAAAGCCCGGGGUCCGUCUUACUGCGCAUAAUCAUUGAUGCCUUUCUCGAAAAGCGCCGGAUAGCAGUAUAUCUAGCACGAAUCAUGAAUGUGCUGCGAUCAGUAUACAUCCGAGUUCGCGACCCACUGAUAUCAACUUGAAUAUGUCCGAUUCGUGGCCGCAAAUCAAGUUGUAUCGCUUUUACAGCUAUUUUGUAGUUGCAUCCUUUGCUGCCAUCAUAUAUGAAUGGGUACUGACGUUAGGCCAAGAGAUCGAACUGGUAUGGACGAAACGCUGGUCCCUGAUGACUAUCUUAUAUCUGAGUCUGCGUUGCACUGGAAUAAUAUUCACUGUUUCUACCGUGCUGUGGACUCUCCCAUCGGUCUCGUUGACGGAUACAAGCUGCACUAUCAUUUGGUACUUACAAAGCGGGACAUCUGUAGUUGCAAAUGCCGUGCUGGGAGUUAUCCUCAUCAUCCGGUUACAUGCCAUGUAUGAGCGGUCCAGAAAAAUGCUUGUCUUUCUCGUUGUAUUCCUUCUCGCUGCCACCAUCGUAUUUACAGUGAUUGCCGCGACUAGCCAUAUUUCAGGAGUGGAGAUCGUUAUCUACGGAAUCCAUCAGUGCAGUCCUACUGGAAGCAGUUCAAAUCUAGUAACCGAGGCAUGGGGUAUAUCCACUGCAUGGGAGCUUACCACACUGUGUCUCGCAGUCUGGGUCGUUGUAAAAUACCUCCGUGAACUGAAACAGCCAUUGGCGAAAUUGACCCUUGGGAACUAUUUCAGGGUGUUAAUCGAAACACAUGCAUUCUACUUUAUAGCAUAUGCUGCUGUCGCUUGCUUGAACCUCGGUAGUCUCUCUCCAAGCAUCGGGGAUCCCUUAGGAGUUGAGAUCUAUUAUGGCAUUCUUCAACUUGCCCAGGUCAUGCAGAUGUUUAUACUGGGACCACGCCUCAUUCUCAGCAUUCGAGAAUAUCACGACAAGGAGAUGACGCAAUCAGACGAAAGAACUGAUACGAGUACAAUGGUUUUCCAGGGACUCACACAGAAGUCGACUGGCUCAUCUGUGUAACAGAGAAAACACCACAGGUUAUUCACAUUUGCAAUGCGCUCUGUAGGGAAUAUGAUUCGUUGGAAUUUCGUUAUUCAUUUGGCGUUUUGAAAUAGAGAAGCAUCAUAGUUUCGGG